CAGCUAAGCUUUACUCCUCCCUACUUUCCCUCUCCAAUUGCCAUCUCUCUCCUCCCAUUUUCACUUUUCCUCUCUCUCUCUCUCUCUCUCCUAAUAAAAUCUGAUACUCAGAGAAAUCAGAAAAAAGACCCUUUCGAAGCUCUCUCUCUGAAACAGUCUUUAUGAUUCGAUCGCCCCAUUCCCUUUUCACCGAUUACGGUUAGGGUUAGGUUUCCCCCCCUCCUCCACGUUCUCUCUAUGCUUUCCCAUUUUCGUUUUCCCACUUGUUCCCAUUUCCAAUUUUCCGAAAAUUUAGGUUAAAACUUUCGUUUCCAUUAGAUCCGUGCUCUUUUGGUAGAAUUGUAUCGAUUUUGUUUUCUUAAUCAGCUGGCGCCUCUCUCCAUUUCUUAGAAAAUCGAACGCAGGUUUCAAUUUUCAAAUCCUUUCAUCAAUUGUUACUGCUACAAUCAGUUGAAAAUUCUAAAAAGUUCAAUCACUUGCUUUGAGAACCACAGAUUUGUAACGUUUCGAGGAUUUUAUUUUUUCAUGGCAUUGUUGUUAGAUAGAUUAAACAAAAAUCAUCUGUGGGGCCCAUAAUUUGGGCUUGGAAAUUGGUGGAAUUCAGCUUUGCAGCUUCCAAUCAGUAUUCCUUCCAGAAUUACAGCUUUGUAGAGUUUCGAGGAUUUUAUUUUCUGGGCACAUCUCCCAAAUUUUCAGGGGCAUUGUUCUUAGAUUAUUAGAAAACGUGGCGUCUUGGGGAACCAUAAUUUUGGCUGGGAGUUUGGUUGCAUUCAGCUCUGCAACUUCUGUCAGUCUUUCAUUCAGGUAUAACUGUAUUAACACUAUAACCUCUUUGUAUCCCAUUCUGCUGUAUAUUUAUUUUUUUGAUGAACUUAGAUGUUGUUUUGCUGCAAGGCAUGACUUUCCAAAGAGACCAAAGAAAAGAAAAGGCAAAAAAUUACAACUAGACCAUGCUCUAAUGGUUUGGAUCUAGACACUGCUAGAAACAUAAGGUUCAAAAUGUUGGUCAGCUCUUCUGUUUGGUGACUUUUUAUUUGGAUAACGUGCUAGUCUACCCUAUUACCUGUUCUAUUUUUGUCAGCUCUAAUUGUUUAUCGUGAAAUGAAUUGCCUUGUGGGCUAAGGUUUAUAUCUUUUUAGGCUGUGCAUGGAUUGAGGAUUUGUGGAAGAUUUAUGGAGAGAGAGGAAAAUAUGACAUCAAAAAGCUAAGACUGAAAAAUUUCAUCGUGUUUAUUGUGGCUACCCUACCGUUUUCCGUUGUUAACAUGAAUUAACAUGCAGUCACCAAAUUGUCUGUGCAUUUCAAGGCACAGUGAGAUGAAUAGAUCAUGUCUAAAGAUUACAUGUAGCAGUUGUCAAUCUCUUUCUACAAUUAUUAACCUGAACUGAUUCCCUUAGUUUUAAAGAGUACGGAAAAGCUAUUACAGAAAUUUAUACCACUUGUAUGAAAUGCAUGGUGCAAAGAGUGGACUGAAUAGGCCGAUGUAAAGGAUACUACAUUUCUAACUCGUUAUCAUUUCUCACGUAAUUUACAAUCGAACGUCAGAGAUUUCUCUUCCUCUUUCUUUCUCACCGCUUCCUCACACCAAAGAGACCACGAAAUUUCUUUUUGAUUUCCUCAUAUUAUUUUUCUUAGUAAUCUUUUCACGAAUUUGUGAUCCAAGCACAACUUUACUACCUUUAGUGCACUUUGUAUGCAUGCAGUAUUGCAGUCUUUACCAAUAGUCUUUAUGGUUAAUUGCCCUUUUUCUCCUCCUUCAACCCUCUUGCCUCUCCACUUUAUCUUUUGUAGUCAUUUUUUUCAUCUUCCCACUCGACCUCAUUUCCAAAUUUUCAAAUUUUGGGUUAAGAGUUUUGGUUCCCAUUAGAUCCGUGCUUUGUUGGACGAAUUGUAUGUAUUUUAUUUUGAUAAUCAGUGACAGUUGUGUCUCUCUUCUUUUCAAUCAUGUUAACACAAAUUUAUAUUGCUUUCAUCAGUUGUUUGAUACAGCAUUUGCGCCUUUACUGCUACAAUCUGUUAAAAUUUGUCAAUUGCUACCUUUCAGAAUUACAGAUUUGUGGUGUUUGGAGGAUUUUAUUUUCUGUGGCAUCACCAAAAUUUUCGUUGGCAUUGCUCUUAGACUAAUUAAAGAAGUAUUAUCUCUGGGAACCACAAUUUGAGCUUGGACUUUGUCUGAAUUCAGCUCUGCAACUUCCCUCAGUCUUCCAUUUAGGUUCUAAGAGAUUAAUAUGACAAGUGAGAGUAAGGACAGGACAGUAUCCAAGGAUUGCAUUGAUUCGCCAUAUGCUGAAGAAGCUAGUAGCGGAGGAAACUUGGGAGGUGGCAGUCCUUUGAAGAAAGGCCCCUGGACAUCGACAGAAGAUUCAAUUUUGAUUGAUUACGUACACAAGCAUGGUGAGGGUAAUUGGAAUGCUGUCCAGAAGUAUUCAGGACUCUCGCGCUGUGGUAAAAGCUGUCGUCUGCGUUGGGCAAAUCAUCUAAGACCAGACUUGAGGAAAGGUUCAUUCACACCAGAUGAAGAGCGACACAUCAUUGAACUACAUGCCAAGAUGGGAAACAAAUGGGCUCGAAUGGCUGCGGAGUUGCCUGGACGCACGGAUAAUGAGAUAAAAAACUACUGGAAUACGAGAAUUAAGAGACUGCAGCGUGCUGGCUUACCGAUUUACCCUCCUGACAUAUGUCAAGCAUUGCAUGAUAAUCAACACUGUCAGCACACUGGUAGUUUCCCUACUGGAGAAGCGCAGCAUCCUGAUCUCUUGCCAACAGAUAGUUUUGACAUUCCUGCUGUGGAAUUCAAAAACUUGGAGUUCAAUCAGCAGUUGUAUUCACCAAUACUUCUUGAUAUUCCUCCAAGUAGCUUACCAGCACAAGGCCUUGGUUCUUCCCACAGUAAUAGCUUGAUGUUCCCAAUGUUGCAUCCAGCUAAGCGCCUUAGGCAAUCUGAGUGCCUGCUUCCUGGUGUCAAUAGUGGCACUAUUGAUGGUUUCCCAGCAUUUGAUCAAUAUGAGGAUGAUGGUUGUGAAAAAAUCGGUCAAUCCUUUACUUUUUCUGCUAUGUAUGACCGUGAUCGAAAGGCCAGCCGAAUAUCAUCCUCAUCCAGAAAUCCUGGCAGCCAUGCCCUUUUAAAUGGCAAUUCUUCUACUUCUGAGCCCAUGUCUUGGGCAAUGAAGUCGGAGCUCCCUUCACUCCAAUAUUCAGAUACUCAAGUAGGUAGCAGGGUGACUCCGUCCCCACUUCCAUCCCUUGAGUCUGAUGAUACUUUAAUCCAAUCGCCCUCAACUGAGCAAACACAAUCAGACUCUCUUUCGAGACGAAACAGUGGCUUGUUGGAAGCAGUUCUUUAUGAAUCAGAGACUUUGAAAAGUGCAAAAAAUGGUUGUUGCCACCAGAAUUCUAAUGUUUCUGUUGUUGCCGGUGAUUUAGUGGACAGCUCAUCACAGAGUCUCCAUGGGACAAAAUCCAAAAUACAUACAAAUGACCCAAUCUCUCCUCUUGGUCAUUCUGGUGCAUCAGUAUUCAGCGAAUGCACUCCUAUUGGUGGAUACUCCUUCGAUGAACCCCAUUCAGCUUAUAUCCUGCCAGGAUGCAAAGUGAAGCAAGAAGCAGUUGAUUGGGGUACAUUGAAAUGUUUUGACAAGGAAGAAAACGCGAAUGAGAUGUUAUUUUCAAGGCCAGAUUUCUUACUUGAUUCUAGCUGGUUUGGUCAUAGUACUGAGCGAGGUAGGGAACAUUCUGUUCUAACGGAUGCAAUAGGGGCACUUCUUGGUGAAGAUUUCGGCAGCGAGCCAUUGACUGUAAGCAAAUAAACUCCGUACGUGGAGAAAAAUGUGGUCAUGGGUCUUGUGCAUCGAAUUCCCCGUGUAUGGCCUGUGAACUUUCUGAAUAUCAUUUAACCCCUCUCGAAUUUCGAAAAACGCUGGUUUUGUGUUUCAGAUAUUAAGGGUCGUUGGGGGGCAAUUUCGUAGUCCUCCACGCCUGUGAAAAUCUUGUUAUGUUGUUUUGUGGUGUUGGUCUUUGGUUGAUUGAUUGAAUUUGGUCUGUAAACACCUACUUGUGGCAUCGUAAUAGGUGUAGCAUCCGUACAACCUUUCUGAUA